GUGACAUUAUGAAUGGUUUAUGAUUAGCUCCAACUGAGAAUUUCACAUAGGCUGAUUUUUCCAUCCGGGCGGAGAAGCUGGCUCUCGAAUCCGAGGACAAUCCGAGGACAACGGCUACCCCCGCUAACAACGGCUACCCCCGCUACAACGACAUUUUCGAGCACUUGCAAGUCGAGCACUUCCAGAUGCCUUCGCGCGAAGCUUGCUCCAUAAAAUCUUGGAUAGUGAGAUAUGCCUCUGAGAGGCUGCUGGGCUUCACCGUUCUUGGACCGUGUACCCGGGGAGUCACCUGUUGUCCAGGCUUACCAAAAGCCGCGUGGCCCGCAUUAACGAUUCAAGCACCGAUUCAGGUAUUACAAUUCUUAAGAGCAUGAGCGGCAGCAGCAGCGUGCCUCCGGGCCCAACUCAAUACCCGCAGGACUCGGCCGGGUCACAUGGCUUUGGAGAGAGCCGGAACGUGCAGGAGGAGCAGACUCUGGCGCUUGAAGUGCUGGCGCAAGCACCCGCCACCGGCCAGGUAGAUGCGCAUCAAGACCAGUAGCGGCGGCGCGCAUGGGGUACCAGGGCUGUGAGGGCGCAGCAGCGAGAGCGCGGAGCAUCUGGGAACAGGCAGUUGCAGGCAGUUUUAGCAUGACACCGAGUAUUCACUGUAUGCACUGGCUAUGGAGGUUGCAUCAGCAGGUCAGAUCAGUCAGAGGUCCAAACCGGGCGCUGCUGCGCCUGCUGGUGGACAAGUACGCGCACCCGGUGGUGUACAUGGACGAGUACUACACCAGCCAGGUACGCAUGUGCUCAUAAGGACUUGGCAGGGGCCACUACAGGGCGCAAGCACUCAGCUGCAUAUGAAUGUGUGAAAGCAGGUGUGCGCAAAGUGUGGACAGCGUCUGCUCGGUAACGGGCAGCGCUGCCUACCAAGUAUUGA